UGUCGCUGCUAUUGUCUGAACAGUAUCAUUUAUAGAGUAAUACAUUCGGUAAUGGAGCCUAACCCAACUCUGAGAGUCUUAGAUGAAUUAACUUUAUAUGCUUGGAAGUGCUGAAAAGAUUGCUUCUCUCUUUACACAGUUAGGAACCCUUCUCGGCUGGCUUAUACAAAGAAACAAGGUUAGCUUGUUCCCUUCUUCUUGUUUUUCUUUUUACACCAAAUUGGAUAGAUAGCCAAGCUUGAAUCUGGCCGGAUACCAGGAAUUUUCACUUGGAGAAAAUGAGUGAUCUCCUCUGCACCUGUUGAAAUAAAAGAAAGGUGGAGAGCUCAAGACAAUGGCCCAUGUUACUUACCCCGGAAGGGGACACAACAACUCUGAAGAUCUGGAGCUUAUGAUCACUUCAGCUAGUGAUACUGUAGGAGAAGACCAAAUCAUUGGAGGAUAUAAUAAUAGAGAUUCAGUUACUAUAUUGAUGGACUCCAUCCAGAAAGACCUUAAACAAGUACCUUCCUUGCCACCUAAUUGCAGCCUAUUCCGAGUUCCCACCCCACUGCGCAAAGUAAAACCAGAAGCCUACACACCUCGCAUGGUCUCCAUCGGCCCUUAUCAUCGUUCCGAGAAACACUUACAGCCCAUGGAAGCACAAAAGUUGCGGUGUUUAAAUGAUUUUCUCUGCCGGGAAUCUCCGGCAACAUUGGAUGAUUAUGUUAAGGCUAUGAUAGAAUUGGAAGAAAUGCAGAAAUCAUCCAAUUCAAAUCUGAAUGAGUUUGUGAAAAUAAUGACAUUUGAUGGUUGCUUCAUACUUGAGCUCAUCAUUAGGACUAAUUUAAAGAAGAGGAGUGAUUUAUAUGAGCCUAAACACCGCGAUGAUCCGAUAUUGAAUGCGACAUGGAUGUCUUAUGUUAUAAAGGGUGACCUAAUUCUACUUGAAAAUCAGCUUCCCUUCUUUGUUCUUGAGCAUCUAUACAACCUAUUCACAGGGAAUUCUUAUUCAAACGGACUUGGUUCAUUCACUUCCAUUGCCUGUCUAUUCUUUGAAGAUUUCGUGCCACAACCCCAAACCAUUACCGCCGAAAGUUCUCGAUUUCGACCCAUUUUUGAAGUAGCCAAGAAUAUGAUAAGGAGGUCAAAGAAGGAAGAUCAGGUAGGGGUAGUUGCGCUGCUAAUCAAGGCGGCGAAACAAGUGGAAGAACCAGAAGACAAAUCCCAAGCAAAGCAUUUGCUUGCUUUUGUACGAGAUUUACUCCUCCAAUCACCCUUAAGGAGUCCACUGAAUCCAGGAGACUCUUCGCAUAUCCGUAGUGCAACAGAGCUCCAUGAGGCCAGUGUCAAGUUUGAGAAGGGGUUGAAGCCAUGCUUGUCAGACAUAAAAUUCAACAAUGGAGUGUUGAAAAUUCCAACCAUGAAAAUUGAGAAUUGGACAGAGCCUCUACUUCGAAACCUUAUUGCCUUUGAGGAUAAUUAUAUCACAGCUUAUGCUGCCUUCAUUGAUGGCCUUAUCAACUCUCCCAAGGAUGUUGAGUUGCUUCAGAAGAAGGAAACUAUUGAGAGCUUGCUUGGUGACCCAAAAGAAUUGGUUGCCUUAUUUACUAGUCUUCUCAAAUAGGUUUCUCCUAGUGUAAUAGAUGGUAAUUUUUAUUUUUCUGGAGUUUGCCAUGAAGUGGAGAAAUAUUACAAGAUCCCAAGUCACAAAUGGAAGGCAAGUUUGAUCCUCAACUAUAGUAACACUCCAUGGGCAUUUAUUUCAUUCCUUGCUGCAGUAUCUCUCCUCAUUUUGAUAGUAAUACUAACCCUUUGUUCCAUCCUACAAGUGAUAUGAAGACAGUAUCCGCUAUGGAAGUUGAGGUUGUUAGAGAUGGAUUCUAUUGGCCAAGUCUUUGUGUUUUUCUAUUUUAGUUAUCUUUAUUGAUUGUUGGUAGAGCAAACACGAAGAAAUACAAAAAUAAAUCAAGACAAAUCCCACAACACAUGGAUCUAGCCAUUAGUUGUGAAAUAGAUUGGGCCUCAUGACAUUGUUGUCCUUUAAAUCCUCACUA